CGUCGCGCUCCCCGGGGAUGGCCCGCGCGCCUCGGCGCUGCGUCUCGGAGCUCACGGCGGAGCGGCGGCGGCCGCGCUCGGGGGGCGCGCGGCGGCUGCAGCAGCAGCGGCGGCGGCGGCGGCGCCGCGCUUGAGGGGCCGCCGGGGAUCCGAGCGGGGUGCCGGGUUAGCAGCCCGGCCAGCGCCGCCAACAUGUCGGAUACCAAGGUAAAAGUUGCUGUCCGGGUCCGGCCCAUGAACCGACGAGAACUGGAACUGAACACCAAGUGUGUGGUGGAGAUGGAAGGGAAUCAGACGGUCCUGCACCCUCCUCCUUCGAACACCAAACAGGGAGAACGGAAACCUCCCAAGGUAUUUGCCUUUGAUUAUUGCUUUUGGUCCAUGGAUGAAUCUAACACUACAAAAUAUGCUGGUCAAGAAGUGGUUUUCAAGUGCCUUGGGGAAGGAAUACUUGAGAAAGCCUUUCAGGGGUAUAAUGCUUGUAUUUUUGCCUAUGGACAAACAGGUUCAGGAAAAUCCUUCUCCAUGAUGGGCCAUGCUGAGCAGCUGGGCCUUAUUCCAAGGCUCUGCUGUGCUUUAUUUAAAAGGAUCUCUUUGGAGCAAAAUGAGUCACAGACCUUUAAAGUCGAAGUAUCCUAUAUGGAAAUUUAUAACGAGAAGGUUCGAGAUCUUUUAGACCCUAAAGGGAGUAGGCAGUCUCUUAAAGUUCGAGAACAUAAAGUGUUGGGACCUUAUGUAGAUGGCUUAUCUCAGCUGGCUGUCACUAGUUUUGAGGACAUUGAAUCAUUGAUGUCUGAGGGAAACAAGUCUAGAACGGUGGCUGCCACUAACAUGAAUGAAGAAAGCAGCCGCUCCCAUGCUGUGUUCAACAUCAUAAUCACCCAGACACUUUACGACCUGCAGUCUGGGAACUCGGGAGAGAAAGUCAGUAAGGUCAGCCUGGUAGACCUGGCCGGGAGCGAAAGAGUUUCCAAAACGGGAGCUGCAGGGGAGCGACUGAAAGAAGGCAGCAACAUUAACAAGUCCCUUACAACCUUGGGGUUGGUUAUAUCAUCACUGGCUGACCAGGCAGCUGGCAAAGGAAAAAACAAGUUUGUGCCUUAUCGAGAUUCAGUCCUCACUUGGCUGCUUAAGGACAACUUGGGGGGCAACAGCCAGACUUCUAUGAUAGCUACCAUCAGCCCCGCAGCAGACAACUAUGAGGAGACCCUCUCCACACUAAGAUAUGCAGAUCGAGCCAAAAGGAUUGUGAACCAUGCUGUUGUGAAUGAGGACCCCAAUGCCAAAGUCAUCCGAGAGCUGCGGGAGGAAGUAGAGAAACUCAGAGAGCAGCUCUCACAGGCUGAGGCCAUGAAGGCCCCAGAACUGAAGGAGAAGCUUGAAGAGUCUGAAAAGCUGAUAAAAGAGCUAACUGUGACAUGGGAAGAGAAGCUGAGGAGAACAGAAGAGAUUGCACAGGAGAGACAACGACAGCUUGAGAGCAUGGGGAUUUCUCUGGAGACCUCUGGUAUCAAAGUGGGGGAUGACAAGUGCUACUUGGUCAACCUGAAUGCAGACCCUGCUCUCAAUGAACUUCUGGUAUAUUAUUUAAAGGAUCACACCAGAGUGGGUGCAGAUACUUCUCAGGAUAUCCAGCUCUUUGGUAUAGGGAUUCAACCUGAGCACUGUGAGAUUGAUAUUGCUUCUGAUGGAGAUGUCACUCUUACUCCGAAAGAAAAUGCAAGGUCCUGUGUGAAUGGUGGCCUUGUGUGCAGCAUCACCCAGCUGUGGCACGGUGAUCGGAUCCUAUGGGGGAAUAAUCACUUUUUUAGAAUUAACUUACCUAAGAGGAAACGACGAGAUUGGUUGAGAGAUUUUGAAAAGGAAACAAGUCCCGCAGAGCAUGACUUGGAUGCAGCCAGCGAGGCUUCCUCAGAACCGGACUAUAACUACGAAUUUGCACAGAUGGAGGUUAUCAUGAAGACGCUGAAUAGUAACGACCCAGUUCAAAAUGUGGUUCAGGUCCUGGAGAAGCAAUAUUUAGAAGAAAAGAGAAGUGCCUUGGAGGAGCAGCGGCUCAUGUAUGAGCGAGAACUGGAACAACUCCGCCAGCAGCUCUCCCCUGAGAGGCAGCCACAGAGCAGUGGCCCAGACCGCCUGGCCUACAGUAGCCAGACGGCCCAGCAGAAGGUGACUCAGUGGGCGGAGGAGAGGGAUGAACUAUUCCGGCAAAGCCUGGCAAAACUACGAGAGCAGCUUGUUAAAGCAAAUACCCUAGUGAGGGAAGCAAAUUUCCUCGCUGAAGAAAUGAGCAAACUUACUGAUUAUCAAGUGACUCUUCAGAUCCCUGCUGCGAACCUCAGUGCCAACAGAAAGAGAGGUGCGAUAGUGAGUGAGCCAGCCAUCCAAGUGAGGAGGAAGGGGAAGAGCACCCAAGUCUGGACCAUUGAGAAGCUGGAAAACAAGUUAAUUGAUAUGAGAGACCUUUACCAAGAGUGGAAGGAAAAAGUUCCUGAGGCAAAGAGACUGUAUGGGAAACGAGGUGACCCUUUUUAUGAAGCCCAGGAGAAUCACAACCUGAUAGGUGUGGCAAACGUGUUCUUGGAAUGCCUCUUCUGUGAUGUGAAACUUCAGUAUGCAGUGCCUAUCAUCAGCCAGCAGGGGGAGGUUGCAGGGCGUCUGCACGUGGAAGUGAUGCGUGUCACCGGAGCUGUCCCAGAGCGCGUAGUAGAGGAUGACUCCUCGGAGAACUCCAGUGAAAGUGGGAGCCUUGAGGUAGUUGACAGCAGUGGAGAGAUCAUUCACCGAGUCAAAAAGCUGACGUGCCGGGUAAAAAUUAAAGAGGCAACGGGACUCCCCUUAAACCUGUCCAAUUUUGUCUUCUGUCAAUAUACGUUCUGGGACCAGUGUGAGUCUACAGUGGCUGCCCCAGUGGUGGACCCGGAGGUGCCGUCACCACAGUCCAAGGAUGCGCAGUAUGCAGUGACCUUCUCUCACUGUAAGGACUACGUGGUGAAUGUCACAGAAGAAUUCCUGGAGUUUAUUUCAGAGGGAGCGUUGGCAAUAGAGGUGUGGGGCCACCGAUGCGCUGGAAAUGGAAGCUCUAUCUGGGAGGUUGACUCUCUCCAUGCGAAGACAAGAACGCUACAUGACAGGUGGAAUGAAGUCACUCGAAGAAUAGAAAUGUGGAUUUCCAUACUGGAGUUGAAUGAGUUGGGGGAAUACACUGCAGUGGAACUUCAUCAAGCAAAAGAUGUCAACACAGGCGGCAUCUUUCAGCUUAGACAGGGUCACUCGCGUAGAGUGCAAGUCACAGUACAGCCUGUACAGCAUUCAGGGACACUGCCACUCAUGGUGGAAGCCAUCUUGUCAGUAUCCAUUGGCUGUGUGACUGCCAGGUCCACCAAACUCCAAAGAGGGCUGGACAGUUACCAGAGAGAUGAUGAGGAUGGUGAUGAUAUGGAUAGUUAUCAGGAAGAAGAUUUAAACUGUGUACGAGAGAGAUGGUCAGAUGCACUCAUUAAACGGAGAGAAUACUUAGAUGAACAAAUUAAAAAAGUCAACAAUAAAAAAGAGAAAACAGAGGAUGAUGUGGAGCGUGAAGCCCGGCUUGUGGAGCAGUGGGUGGGACUGACAGAGGAGAGGAACGCUGUGUUGGUCCCAGCCCCAGGCAGUGGGAUCCCUGGGGCCCCUGCUGACUGGAUCCCACCUCCUGGAAUGGAAACUCACAUACCAGUUCUCUUCCUUGAUUUGAACGCGGAUGACCUCAGUGCCAACGAGCAGCUUGUCGGCCCCCAAGCAUCAGGUGUGAACUCCAUCCUGCCCAAGGAACAUGGCAGCCAGUUCUUCUACCUGCCUAUCAUAAAGCACAGUGAUGACGAGGUUUCAGCCACGGCCUCCUGGGACUCUUCAGUGCAUGACUCUGUUCACUUGAAUAGGGUCACACCCCAGAACGAGAGGAUUUAUCUCAUCGUGAAGACCACAGUCCAACUCAGCCAUCCGGCUGCCAUGGAGUUAGUAUUACGAAAGCGGAUUGCAGCCAAUAUUUACAACAAACAGAGUUUUACUCAGAGUUUGAAGAGGAGGAUAUCAUUGAAAAAUAUCUUCUAUUCCUGCGGUGUCACGUAUGAAAUAGUUUCCAAUAUACCAAAGGCCACUGAGGAGAUUGAGGAUCGGGAAACACUGGCUCUCCUGGCAGCACGGAGUGAAAAUGAGGGCACGUUAGAUGGGGAGACGUACAUCGAGAAGUACACGCGGGGCGUGUUGCAUGUGGAGAACAUUCUAAGCCUUGAACGGCUCCGACAGGCUGUCACAGUCAAAGAAGCACUUUCCACCAAAGCUCGGCACAUUCGCAGGAGCCUCAGCACACCAAAUGUCCACAAUGUCUCUUCUAGUCGAGCAGACCUUUCUGGCUUUGAAGAAGAUGACAAGGGUUGGUCGGAGAACCAGUUAGACAUGUCUGACUACAGCUCUAGUUACCAAGAUGUAGCAUGUUAUGGAACUUUACCCAGGGAUUCACCUCGAAGGAGCAAAGAAGGCAGUGGUUGUACAUCAGAGAAUCCUCAUGCCUUAACGGUCAGCCCUUUUAAAGCAUUCUCCCCUCAGCCGCCAAAGUUUUUCAAACCCCUAAUGCCUGUAAAAGAGGAGCAUAAGAAAAGGAUUGCUCUUGAAGCACGACCUCUGCUAAGCCAAGAGAGCAUGUCUCCACCUCAGGCACAUAACCCUGGCUGCAUUGUACCCUCAGGAAGCAAUGGCAGCAGCAUGCCAGUAGAACACAGUAGCAAACGUGAGAAGAAGAUUGACUCUGAGGAGGAAGAAAAUGAGCUGGAAGCUAUUAACCGGAAGCUGAUAAGUUCCCAGCCUUACGUACCCGUGGAGUUUGCUGACUUCAGUGUUUACAACGCCAGCUUGGAGAACAGGGAAUGGUUUUCUUCUAAAGUAGACCUGACAAACUCACGGGUCUUGGAGAAGGAAGUGUCUCGUAGCCCUACCACCAGCAGUAUUACCAGUGGCUACUUUUCCCACAGUGCCUCCAAUGCCACUCUGUCUGACAUGGCGGUCCCUUCUAGUGAUAGCUCAGACCAGCUCACCAUUCAGACAAAGGAGCCAGACUCCAGUGAGCACCCUGGGCCCUCGCUUGUGCAUGAUUUCAGACCAUCCACAAGCAAAGAGUUGAUGGAGGAAGAAAAAGGCUUGGAAAAAGAUAAAAUCAUUGUGGUGCCACCCAAGGAAAACAGUGCCUUAGCCAAAGGGAGCACUUCAUCCCCGAGCACCCCUGAAAAAAACUCUAAAGUGAUUUGCAGGACUAGUUCACAUUCAGCACUAGAUGCCUGCCCCAGCAAAAAUGGCCAACCGGCCAGAGACUUCUGUCCGAGGGAGGUGACAGUAGAACAUACCACAAACAUCCUGGAGGAUCAUUCCUUCACAGAGUUCAUGGGUGUGUCAGAUGGAAAAGAUUUUGAUGGUCUGACAGAUUCUUCUUCUGGACAGCCAUCCGGUAGGAUAAAUCUUCCAAGUAAAGCAGACAGUGAGAGUGCCCCCGGUGGGCCACAGGACGAUGGACAGCUGCCUAACAAGUUAGAGAAUAACCAGGGGAGCACAGCCACACGGUGAGAGGCAGCAAACGUGCCCAGGCGUGGCCACAGCUCAACAGUUCUGCUCACCUGGUCAUCAUGGGAAAGCACCAGCUCCGUCUUACAGCUUGCUGCAAUCCAGCCUGACCUCAGACCAGCACGGGGAGCCCUGUGCCUCCCCACCCCCGCCAGCGAAGCAGCACUUUGCUUCUGGGGUGACUUGCAGCCUCGGCUUUUUCCAGAAAGCAAGAGAACUGAAAUCCUGGAUCAAACUAAGUGACAGUAUUUUUGUUUGCACUUACUACACAUCCCCAUGGUGUAGAGACCUCUACAAAUUCAGACAGACUUUAUUCUUGUAUAGUUUGAAUCAGUUCUUAUGGUAGAAUCUGAGUCAACACUCUAAUUUGUUUUUUUUAUAAAUAAUAUAUAUUAUGUAUAUGAAAUGUUUAUAGUAUGUCUGUUCAGAGACAGGCUGCACAUUAAGAUGCAGGUAAAAGGAUUUGUAGAAAAGUGAUAAGGUACUGGACUUUAUUACCAUUUAACUUGGGCAAUUGUUUUUACAUGAUUAGAUGAAAAAUAUUUUAUUGCCUAUGGAUGAAUUUGUAAAUCCAUCUUUACAGGAAAAGGUUACAGAUGCUGUUCUUUAUAUAACCAAAGAACUUCCAUGAGACUGAAUGUCUUUGGUGUCCACUCUUGUUUCAGUGAGCAUAUAUAUAUUUGACUGCAAGUUUGGUGCCAUACUUCCCUUGGCUACCAAGCCAUGUGCUGCCCUUCUCUGUCCUCUGUUUCCUAAGCACACUGAGAAUUCUCCCAGCUAUUGUCUUCCACCUGGCCCAACACUUGUCGACUUGACAUUGUAUUAUAACCAUUGACAUGACUGGGGCUGUCACUCUGGCCCAGUGUUUCCUGUACUUUGAUUCAACCCAAUUAGGCAGGUGUAAUGCAGAGAACAGUAUUACUGUAAGCAAACACAAGGAGCACCAAUGGUUGGGGUUAGGAACUAGAGGAAGGAUGUGUGUGUAUGUGUGUGUGUGUGUGUGUGUAUUUUGUGAUUGAUAGAUUUAAUUGUGGUGUGGUUUUGCUGUUAAUUCUGAAAAAAAAAAAAAAGCUGAGAAGAUGGCCUGAACUACAGAGUUGAAAGGUUCACCAUUUACUGUUUUUGAAGAUGGUUGAAUACAGAUGACCUCGAUGUUGUGUCUUCAGUUGUAAGGUUCUCUCCUGUGAGUGGAGACAGUAGAUUAUGCUUGUUGACAUUUGUGCUACAGUACUUUACCUAUUCUGUAGAUUCUUGUACAAUUGGUCUGUACAGAUACAGAUGUGUCAUGAGAGGAAGAGCAAGAGAAUGUGCACAGCCUGCUGUAUGUACCUUAAGUUCUUUGCAUCCGUAAAUGAGUCAGAUAUAUUGGAGACUUUAUUGAAAAGCUGCUGUUCAUGAUUUUUUUGUGUAUAGUGAACUGACUGUAGUUAUUUUACUAUUGUCUGUUUUUAAAAAAGAAAAACCUGUAAUUUAUAUCCCCUUUUCAACUUUAUUGUAUUUAAUUGGUACAGAUUGGUGUAUGUGUGUUUUAGAAUACAAAUUGUCUAAUUCAGAUUU